AUGCUUCGCAGGUCCAGGAACCAGUGGCUGCCCGGGGAAGUCGAUGGCCUGGAGGCACGGCAGCAGAAAGGAGUGCGGGUGUUUGGUGAAGAUGCCGUGGCUGUGGCAGAGGCCUCCUUCGUGAAGCGACGCUUCUUGGAAGGGAGUGAUGUGGAGGUCUACCGGGGUCCGGCGCGCGGCUGGAUCCCUACCCGAGUGGGCCCAGGAGCUGGGACGCGUGCUGUGCAUGUGGACCCGGAGGUGGCCGAGGAGGCCCAGGCGGUGGAGCUCUGCGAGGGCUCGGGCCCGGCCGAAGGCCCAGCCUCAGCCCGGCGGGGCGCGCCGCCAAGAAAAGCCGACGGCUCCAGGUUCAGCACCAGCGACUUUCUGGUGAUGGUCCCGAUAGUCAAGGAGUUCGCUGUGGCCGCAGACGAGACGGAGGAGGUCCCCUCCUUCCUGCUGCGCCCGGCAGCCAGCAGCGCCUCCUGCCCAUCCCUAGUUUUCCAAAUCUGA